AUGUCGGCAUUCAGCUGGAUAUUUUCAAGCACACAGACACGCAGGAACCGCUGCAACAAGCACGAAAUGUGGUUGGUUGCAACAAACAGUUCCCUGCUGUCGCCUGAUCUGACACUGAUCCUUUUGCCUAUUUUCUUGAGAAAUUUAAGGGUGUUGGGGUCCAUCGGGCCGAGAACCUCGAUGCAUAUUGGCAAGAAUUCCAUCGAGGGGAGGGCAUUCCCAUAUUUUUUCAUUUUCUCGUCCGCUGCCCUGGCCGCGGCCAAACCGCAUUCUUUACUUGUCAGGUUUACGUAUUGUUCGGCGAGGGUGCCAGGGACCGUAACAUCCCACGCCAAACAUCUGCCGGCUCUCCAAGGUAUUAGCGUGCAUCCGUCCGGUCGCCUACCAUCAUGCGCAGAAAUGCCGGAUGGUUCCUUGAGAACCGGGAUUGAAGCCUUGGAGAAGAGCCGACAAAUGGCGGUGCGCAGGGCUCCGUCAAAUUCGCCCAAUUUAGAAGGGUCAAUGUGUUUAGAUGUACGCAGGAAGUACAUCAAUUUGGGCAAACUGAGGGCAUUGCGGAUAAUAGUCAAGGCAUCAUGGGCCGAAAGACAGGAAACACGACCCAGGGCGAAUUCAAGCUCAGAGAGCUUUUGGUCCACAAAUAGCACAAGAAAAACAAAAGAAAGAGGCGGAUUCGUUUUUACAGAAUCCAAGGCCUGUUUUCACUGGGCCUGUCAGUCAGUCGGUUGGCUUUCGCACAACCCUGGCCUGUUUUCACUGGGCCUGUCAGGCGGUGAGCAGGGUUCUGUCAAAUUCGCCCAAUUUAGAAAGAUCAAUGUGUUUGGAUGUACGCAGGAAGUACACCAAUUUGGGCAAACUGAGGGCAUUGCGGAUAAUAGUCAAGGCAUCAUGGGCCAAAAGACAGGAAACACGACCCAGGGCGAAUUUGAGCUCAGAGAGCUUUUGCGACACACCACCUCAUCACAUCUCUUUCAUGCAAUCUUCAAAAGGGAACGACUUUUUGAUGAAGCCAUGUGGGAAGAUUCCUAA